CUUACCAAGCCUGGCCAAUGAGAGCGGGAAGCGCUGGGCGCAUCUUUAGGCGCGCGAGGAGGGCUCAUGGCGGACACUGUGCUGUUCGAGUUUCUUCACACGGAGAUGGUGGCGGAGCUGUGGGCUCACGACCCCGACCCCGGUUCGGGGGGACAGAAGAUGAGCCUGUCGGUCCUGGAGAGUAUGGGGUUCCGCGUGGGCCAGGCUCUAGGCGAGAGACUGCCCCGGGAGACGCUGGCCUUCAGGGAGGAGCUGGAUGUCCUCAAGUUCUUGUGCAAAGACCUGUGGGUGGCCGUGUUCCAGAAACAGAUGGACAGCCUGCGCACCAAUCACCAGGGGACCUAUGUCCUGCAAGACAACAGCUUCCCCCUCCUCCUUCCGAUGGCCUCUGGCCUGCAGUAUCUGGAGGAAGCGCCCAAGUUCCUGGCCUUCACCUGCGGCCUCCUGCGCGGCGCCCUCUGUACCCUGGGCAUUGAGAGUGUGGUCACCGCCUCCGUGGCAGCCCUGCCUGUCUGUAAGUUCCAGGUGCUGAUUCCGAAAUCCUAAGCCUGCCCCGCACCCGCCGAGCUGCACUACUGCCCCCAGUCUCACCGGCCUCAGGAGACGGCGGCUGCAUUGGGCCCCAGGCCGCUGCAUUUGGGGGUGGUGUUGGGGCUAGUGCUGGGGAUCCCAGGCCCUAGGGUUCACAUUUACUCAGGAAGUGGGUAUCAAAGCGAGGUGGGGGUGUCACAGGAGGCAAAGGGGUCCCAGCUGCGGUCAGGACUGGGGUGGGAUUCCUGCCUGCCCACUGCCCAGAGGCUGUUCAAUAAAGGCUGUGUGUGUGGAAUCUGA